AUGAUGGAGGUUUGGUCUUCAAUUCCAGCGACGAUCGAGAGAAUGGAGAUGUUGAUCCUCAGAGCUCUGAAAUGGCGGAUGCACUCCGUUAAUCCUUUCUCGUUCCUCAAUUAUUUCGUCUCGCUCUUCGAUUCCGGCGACGACGAGCGAUCGAUUCAGGCUUUGAAGAACAGAGGAGCUCAAAUCAUCUUCAAAUCUCAGAACGGUUCACUAAUCAAUCAAUCGAUCAAUCAGAUGAAGGCGUUCUUCGAUUCGACUACUCAAUUGUGGAAGGAGCAGAAGCUGGCUGGGAAGCCUGCCGGAUUCUUUGUCAGCACCGGGACUCAAGGGGGCGGACAAGAGACCACUGCGCUGAACGACAAUGUUCAUUUCAAAGUUUGGUCAACUCGGAGCUCGUGCGAUGAGGAGCCCUGCAGUAAGAGGUCUGCUCUUUGCUCUGUCCGUUAA